GUUCUUUUCUGGCUUCUCUCCCGGUCACGCGCAUUGUUAUUGUUUCUCUAAUCUCUUGGCGCGCUGACGCGCUCAGCUCUGGCACCGUUUAACUCAACUGUAUACAGAGGUUGUUGAUAGUAAGAGUGACAAGAAGGUGAGUACCUGUUACUCAGUGUCACACACGUCGCUUAAGUUCCACAACAAGUUCUUGGAGUAUCAGGGCGAAUUCAUGUGUGAGCUACAUGAUGACUGCGGAGGAACCAAUGGAGUUUGAUGAAGUUGCUGUUUAUUUCACGGAGGAGGAGUGGGGCUGUUUAACUGAUGAACAAAAAGAGCUUUAUAAGGAUGUGAUGAUGGAGAAUUACCUGACCCUCAGGUCUCUAGGGUUUGUUCAAGUAAAACCUUUACUGGUUAAGAAGAUUGAGUGCAGAGAGGAGCCGUAUGGGAGCAGUUUGCCAAUUAACAAAUGGUUUGUUCAAGUAAAACCUUUACUGGUUAAGAAGAUUGAGUGCAGAGAGGAGCCGUAUGGGAGCAGUUUGCCAAUUAACAAAUAUGAAUUUACAGCCGGUGAUAUUCCUAGACAUGGUCAGAACGCAGAAGCUUUUUUAAAUAUUCUUCAAAAUAAAAGAAGCUACGACAGAAACUUACAUUUUGACAUUGGGACAAUUGUUACCCAGAAAACAAGCCCCAUUGUUUACCAGAAUGUUAUUUCAGAAGAGAAAUCAUUUUCAUGUUCUGUUUGUCUAAAAUGUUUUAGAUUUAAAUCAGAUCUUCGUAAACAUUUGAAAGUUCAUUCUGGAGAGAAAGACUUUUCAUGUCUUGAGUGUGGGAAAUGUUUUACCUGGAAGACAUCACUUAUUAAUCAUCAGAAAAUGCACACAGGAGAGAGAAAGUUUCAAUGUUCCGAAUGUGGGAAAUGUUUUCUUUCACAAUCUAUUCUCAAAAAACAUUUGACAGUACAUACAGGGUUAAAAUCAUUUUCUUGUUCUUAUUGUGGGAAGUGGUUUGGCUGGAAAUCCGAUCUUAGUAGACAUGUGAGAGUUCAUACAGGAGAGAAAACAUUUUUAUGUUCUGUAUGUGGGAAAUAUUUUACAGAGAAAUCAGAUCUUGCUAUUCAUCAGCAAAUGCAUGUAGAAGAGAAGGAAUUUUCAUGUUCAGAAUGUGGGAAAUGUUUUUUCUCAAAAGCAAGUCUUAAUAGACAUCUGAAUAUUCAUAUGGGAGAGAAACCAUUUUCAUGUACUGAAUGUGGAAAAUGUUUUGCCAAGAAAUCGGCUCUUAUUAAUCAUCAGAAAAUUCAUACAGGAAAGAAGAUAUUUUUAUGUUUUGAAUGUGGGAAAUGUUUUACCCUGAAAACAACUUUUAUUAAUCACCAGAAAAUUCAUACAGGACAGAGAGACUUUCCAUGUUCUGAAUGUGGGAAAUGUUUUAUUUCCAAAUCAGUACUUAGUAAACAUCUGAAAGUUCAUGCAGGAUUAAAUGCAUUUUCAUGUGCAUAUUGUGAGAAGUGUUUUGGAUGGAAAUCGGAUCUCAUCAGGCAUCUGAGAGUUCAUACAGAAAAGAAAGAACUUUCAUGUUCUGAAUGUGGGAAAAUGUUUAUCCGAAAAUCAGCUUUUCUUACUCAUCAGAAAAUUCAUCAUGGAGACAAAGCAUUUUCAACUUCUGAUUUUGGAAGCGUGUGUUGCCCUGAAAUUUAUUUUAUUACCGAUUAGAAAAUCCAGACAGGAAAUAUAUUAUUGUGUGUGAAACAUGGGCUUUUGCAUCUAAAUAAAAAUCUAAUACAAGA